AGGGAGAGAGAAAGAGGGAGAGGGAGGCGGUUCAGUCCCUCCGUGGUGUGUCGGCCGCAGGGAGCAGCAGAUCAGCGCAUUGUGCAGGACCAGGCACGACUGAGCGCAACCUUCAGCGGAACAAAUGACAAGGAAAACUAUUCUUUGGUGUGGAGUAAUUCACGGGAGACGCGCGCCAUCGAAGCGAGAAGCUCGGUAAAAGCGUCACCGGACCUCGUUGACGCGGAUUGGGACGUUCGCUGACUGUGCUACAACGCCACCGAAUGGUCCCCGUUUACUCCGCCGCAGAGCAUGCUGGCUUAGAGAAAGAAACCACGAUGCACAUAAAACUCAUCUGCUUGGCAACCACACCGACUUCCUGUCUGUAGAGGAAGAGGCUGUGCCAGGAUGUCCUCUCAUCCCCAGUCUGUGCCACCGGGCCGGAGGACCAUGGACACACGGCACCUGCCAAACCCUGCCACCUUACCCUUGCAGCUCCAGCGGGCACACACAGAAGUUGGAAUGGUGGACUACCACUCCCAUCAUGCGAGAGACUACAGCUCGCACUUGGCUCAGCCUCAUCGCCGUCGGCCCUCCUUGCUUUCCGAGUUCCAACCUGGAAAUGAGAGAGGACAAGAGCAGCAUAUCCGCUAUGAGCACAUCUACUUACCGGAGCCUAGUAGCCAUUCAGAGAUGGAGUUUGGAGAGAUCAAACGGCCUCGUUUGGAGAUGGGGCCAGAUUCUCUGAUUAGACCCUCAUCUCAUCGGCCACAGUUGCCUCUUGGAGGACCUGAGGAUCUUGCUAAGGAUCGUGGAAAUGCCAUGGGGAAGCUCGAGCCAAUCUCCCCCGUAAGCCCUGUACACAUGGAUCCUGAUUUGGAUCUGGUGCCAGCCCGUUUUUCCAAGGAAGAACUGAUCCAGAACAUGGACCGUGUCGACAGGGAGAUCACUAUGGUGGAACAGCAGAUCUGCAAGCUUCGCAAAAAACAGCAACAGCUGGAGGAGGAGGCUGCCAAACCUCACGAGCCUGAGCGGCCUAUGUCCCCUCCACCCAGCGAGGCAAAGCACCGCAGCUUGGUGCAGAUCAUCUACGAUGAGAACAGGAAAAAAGCAGAAGAGGCACACAGGAUACUGGAGGGACUUGGACCAAGGGUAGAACUGCCACUGUACAAUCAGCCUUCUGAUACCAAGCAGUACCAUGAGAACAUCAAAAUAAACCAGGCGAUGAGGAAAAAACUCAUCUUAUACUUCAAGAGAAGAAAUCAUGCUCGUAAGCAAUGGGAGCAGAAAUUCUGCCAGCGUUACGACCAACUGAUGGAAGCCUGGGAGAAGAAGGUUGAGCGCAUUGAAAACAAUCCUCGGCGCCGAGCCAAGGAAAGCAAGGUGCGGGAGUACUAUGAGAAACAGUUCCCAGAGAUUCGUAAGCAGAGAGAGAUGCAGGAACGAAUUCAGAGCCGCGUUGGGCAGCGAGGAGGUGGACUGAGCUCUUCUGCAGCUCGCAGCGAACAUGAGGUCUCCGAGAUCAUUGACGGAAUAUCAGAGCAUGAGAACACAGAGAAGCAAAUGCGACAGCUGGCAGUUAUCCCACCAAUGCUGUUUGAUGCUGAGCAGCAACGUAUCAAGUUCAUCAACAUGAAUGGAUUGAUGGAUGACCCCAUGAAGGUGUACAAGGACCGGCAGGUCAUGAACAUGUGGAGCGAGCAAGAAAAGGACACUUUCAGAGAGAAAUUCAUCCAACACCCUAAAAAUUUUGGUCUAAUUGCAUCUUUUCUAGAAAGAAAGACGGUGGCAGAAUGCGUGCUCUUUUAUUAUUUGACCAAAAAGAAUGAGAACUAUAAGAACAUAGUGCGGAGAAACUACAGACGGCGAGGAAGAAGCCAGCAUGGCCAGCAGCAGCAGCAGCAGCAGCAACAGCAGCAGCAACAGCAGCAGCAACAGCAGCAGCAGCAACAAGUCAAUCGAAACAGCCAGGAAGACAAAGAAAAGGAGGAGAAAGACAAGGAAGGAGAGAGGGAGGAGGAUAAACCAGAGGCUGAAGACAAGGAGGAUGGAAUUAAAGAUGAAACUUCUGGGGAAGAUGCAGAGGACAAAGAGCCUGCAGUGGCUGUCAAGGGUCGACGAACAGCCAACAGCCAGGGGCGCCGUAAGGGCCGCAUCACCCGCUCAAUGACCAGUGAGGUGGAGGAGACGACCACACCGCCUGUCAACAAUGAGCUCGCUAAUCUAGAAAUGAAUGAGAGUUCCCGCUGGACCGAAGAAGAGAUGGAAACUGCCAAAAAAGGUCUUCUUCAGUAUGGUAGGAACUGGUCUGCCAUUGCCAAGAUGGUGGGAUCAAAAACUGUGUCACAGUGUAAGAAUUUCUAUUUCAACUACAAGAAGAGGCAAAAACUGGAUGAGAUUUUGCAGCAACAUAAAAUGAAAUCGGAGAAGGAGCGAAAGGCUCGCCGCAGGGGUAAAACCCUUCAAAAUGAAGAGACCACUGCCCAGUUCACUGCAGAGGAAGAAGAGUUGGAAGGCUCAGGGGCUAGUGGCAAUGAAGAGGAGGCACCUGAAGAUGGAGAAGGUGGUGCCAACAACAGCUCGGACACAGAGAGUUUGCCAUCACCACAUUCAGCUGAUGAUACCAAGGCCAAGGAAGAGGGUUCGAAUAAGUCAAAGGCUGGCGGUAAUACUGGGGAGAAAGAGGUAGCUGGCGCAGACGCAGAGCAGGCUGCAGAUGGGAAACCUCCCGUAAAAGAAGAUGCAGAAGUCUCCAUCAAGCAGGAGAUAAAGACCGAAACAGGGGAGCCAAACAAGGAGCUGACCCACCCAUCACCCAGUGGUGAUGCCACAGACAAGAAACCUUCUACAGCAGAGGCUGACGAUGUCAAGAACUGUCCUAAGAGCUCAAAGAAGGACCAUGGGGCCAAAGUAGGCUCCCAUGGGGACAGCGACUCCAGUGCCACUUGCAGUGCUGAUGAAGUGGAAGAGACAGACAACACAGAAAAGAACAGAAUGACUUCUCCCCGUCCAAGCCUACUGAACUACACUCAUGAUGGGGUCAUCUCAUCCCCUCUGCAAAAGCCCAUGGACCUUAAACAGCUCAAACAGCGGGCUGCUGCCAUACCACCGAUUAUACCAGAAGCGUCAGUCCAAGGCAGUCAGUGGAGUGGGGGCACCAAGGCUGUAUUGCCCCCCCAUGCUUUGGCACUGUACCAGCAGCAGAUCACCAUGGCUCAUGGGGAGUCAUCUCAGGAGGUCAAACAACCGCAGCAGCUUUCAGGCCAGCCAGGCAAACAGCAGCCUUAUUCCCAGCAAACAGAAAGAGACAGGGAGGCUCCCUAUAGCAGCAGCCCUCGCAUCCGCCCACGCAGCCCGUCCACUGGUGACAAGGAUGAAAAGUUGCAGGCUUACUCUUCACAUGGUGAAGUCAAGAGGCCCGCACUGGGCCCGGAUGACCUAAGGUCCACUAACUUGGGUCGGCCAGUUUUGUCCCCGUUUCCCAUGUCCCCAAGAGACAUGACCAAGAUCAGUCACGACCAGCACCUGCUCCAAUUCAACUCAUUCCAGCAAGUGGGCCACCCAGUGCUUCCUGGUUUGCAACAGGAUAGUGCCAGGCAGGCAGCAGUGAGACCCCUCAUUAUGCCAGAACCACCACCUCUCAUUUCCUCAACCAAACCAGGGGGCUCUAUCACACAGGGGACUCCUGUACAGUUGCACGGCCCAGCUCAUGGUUUCGAACAUGGAAAAAUGCCUUCUCCUCAAAUGAGUUUGUCAUGGAUUGAUCAGAGAAAAGUUGGUGGUCCAUUCCCCGUGGUAAAGCAAGAACAGUUAUCCCCCCGCAGCUCUUCCUUGCAAGCUGACAACCUAUCGACCCAAGGCACAGCUCAUGAUGGUGGAAGAGCUGUUCAAGGAGGUAGUAUCACGAAGGGCAUCCCAGGGACCAGAAUGCAUCCAGAUUCUUCAAUCUCUUUCAGAGGCGGCUCCAUUACUCAGGGGACACCGGCUGAUGUGCUGUAUAAGGGAACUAUAACCCGUCUGAUCACAGAGGACAGUGCUAGCCGUGCUGACAGGGAGCGCGACGACGCCUUGUCGAAAGGUCAUGUGGUCUAUGAGGGAAUAAGUGGGCACAUCCUCACAUAUGACCGUCCAGUUUCUCAAACCUCUAAAGAUGAGGGGAGAGGGCCAAGCCAACCUGGUGAAAUUCUUGGCGUAAAGCGUCCUUAUGAUGUCAUGGAGGGAGGCAUCUCCCGAGGUCUGCCAAUGAGGGAUUCACUGUCUGCCUCCAACUGUGAAGGUCUUAUUGGUCGAGCCAUGCCUCAUGACAGGGACAGUCCACACCACACACCUUAUAAAGAUGCUCACCACAUCCGCGGUUCCAUCUCCCAAGGUAUACCACGUCAUUUGGACCCUCAGGAUAGCUACUUGAGAAGGGAGGCAAAGCAAAUGAAAAGAGAGAACUCUCCGCCACGUGGGGCCACGUCACUGUCGGACCCAAUGAAGAGCAGAGAGGCUAUGGUGCCCACAGUAAAGGAGGCUGGACGCUCCAUCCACCUCAUUCCCAGGGAGGAGCUCAGACAGACAGCCAAGGAGGGCAUUAUAACACCGGGAACACCCAUGAAGCAGGAAGCUGCUGGCUCAGGUAAACGACAUGAUGUUCGCUCCAUCAUAGCCAGUUCACCACGUUCCUACCAUAACACGCCCCCUCACCUGGAGAUGCGGGCUGAGAGGGGACGCUAUGAAGAGGCACCCAAAGGACGCCCGAGUGCAGUGGUCAGCACCGCUAGCCCAAUAGCACGCUCUUCUCCCCUGACACUCGCUUCAGAGCAGGGAGCUAAAUCCCAUCAUAGCCCAGUAGGCUACGAGGACAAAGGCACCUUAAGAAACCCCUAUCCUGGACCAUCACACCGUUGCUCACCUCUCUCAAGGGAGGCGAGUCAAAGGCAACAUGAUGGCUGCAGUAAGAAAGAACCUCAGGAGCGUAAAGCCACACCGACCCCAAGGGAAAUGAGUUCUACCAAAUCCCCUCUCCCAGGGGUUCCUGACCAACAGACAUAUGAGCGUCUGUUGCAGGGCCUUGGAGCUGAUGUUUACAGACAAAUUCCUUUGGCCUUUGAUCCUGCAGCUCUGCCUCGCGGCAUCCCCAUUGACCCAGCCUACUACUUGCCUCGCCAUCUGGCCCCCAACCCUGCAUACCCGCAUCCCUAUCCCUACCUCAUCCGGGGCUUUCCAGACACAGCGGCCCUCGAGAACCGUCAGACGUUGCUCAAUGACUACAUUACUUCCCAGCAAAUGCACCAGUGGCCUGCAGCAGCUGCUAUGGCUGCCCAGCGCUCAGACAUGCUCAGGGGCCUUACACCACGAGAUCAGCCCCUUCCUCUGCCUUACUCUGCAGCCCCUCGUGGAAUCAUUGAUCUAUCUCAGGUGCCGCACUUACCUGUCCUGGUCCCUCCCUCUGCAGGGACAGCCAGCUCGCCAAUGGAUCGUAUCACCUACAUCCCAGGGGGAAGCACCACCUUCCCCGGCAGGCCUUACACCACUCCCCCAAUCUCACCCGUUGGCUCCUCGCACAUGAAUAAGAUGCAAGGCGCAUCUUCCUCUUCAGAACGAGAGCGUGAAAGAGAACGUGAUCGUGACAGAGACAGGGAUCGGGAGAGAGACCGGGAGCGGGAGAGAGAGCGCGAGCGUGAACGGGAACGAGAACGGGAGAGAGAACGAGAGAGGGAUCGCGACAGGGACAGAGAACGGGACAGAGAAAAGGGUGGAGCAAACGUGGAGCAUGCCCCCAUUUGGCGACCAGGUACAGAGCACAGCUUAGCAAGCAGUAGCAGUGUGAGACCUUCUUCCCAGCCAUACAGCCACCAGCAUUCCCCAGUGUCCCCUCGCACCCAAGACAAUGUGCAGCAAAGGCCAAGCGUCCUGCACAAUACCGGAAGCAAGAAUGUCUCUGCCGAACACUCCAGUUCCUCCGUGUUACGAUCCAUACCCUCAGGAGCUUCCCGCUACCAAGGUUACCAUAGUCAUCUUCAAAGGACUGGCUUGCCCCCUGAGGCCUAUGCACCUGCACUGGACUCGAGCAUCGGCAAAGAACAGAGUCGUGAUGGCAAAAACAGGGGAUUACCGAAGCAAGUCCAAGACCAGCAUGGGCCCGCUAGCAAGUCAGACCCCAAGCUUUCCAACCCCAGCCAGGGAGGAUUAUAUCCAGGUCCUUAUUCCUCAAUUUCCGGACGACCACCACACCUGCAGUUGGAUAACCCUCCUGGCCGUGGGGAAAGUGGUACACCUAGUAGGGAAAAGACUCAAAACAAACCGAUGUCCAUUCAGGAACAAGAACUCAGAGCACUCGCUCCACAGAAGAUGGAGUCACAUGUUCUGUACCGUCCUCCAUCUGAGGAGAGGCUGUCCCCAGGUCAGAAGCCACCUUCUCCCUGUGUCAAAGGAAGCCAAAGGGUGGUCACCCUGGCUCAGCACAUCAGUGAGGUGAUAACGAAAGAUUACACAAGGCAGACUCAGCAGCAGCAUCAACAAAGUUAUCAUGGCUCACCCAUCCUGGACUUGACCCGUCCUCUCAGUGCCUCACAGCCCCAGCCCACAUCCCAAGAGUCUCCCCAAGUGACCCGCUAUCCUGAGGGCCUUGGGGGAGAUCGUAACAGAGACCGGUCUCCUCCUCAGUCCAAGUCUUCUCCGAUCAGUGUUUCCAAUGACUGUAUUGAACCGGUAUCUCCUGCCGGAGCCAAUUCUGGGCCCGAAAUCCAGGGAGGAGUGUCCUAUCCUAAUGAACAAGGAGAGCAAGCAAUUAGCUCCCGUUCGCCUCCUAACGCCUCUCAGCCUCCAGCUUUCUUCAGCAAGCUGACUGAGAACACCUCCGCUAUUGUGAAAUCAAAGAAGCAGGAGAUGAUCAAGAAGAUGACUGUAGUGGGAAAUGAGAGUGAUUUCAAUGCAGGUCAGCCUGGAACAGAAAUCUUCAACAUGCCAGCAUCUACAACAGCAGGAUCUGUGAGUGUCCGCAGCCACCCAACUCCAGAGACACCUGGCAGCUCCAUAGGUCUAGAGGCCAUUAUAAGAAAGGCGCUCAUGGGAAAAUUCACUGAUCAGCCUGAGGAACGCUCCCCAGCCAGUGCUGCUAACCCACUCACGUCGGGUCUGCCUGUCUCUCUGAGCGGAACUGAUGGACGAACUGAUGACAGUUUCUCACAAGGUGGUGGGAAGCCCUCAAAGGCCAGUGGUCGUUCUAAUGGGCGCAAGGCCAAGUCUCCGGGACCCGGCCUUUCAGGGGGUGAAAGGCCAUCGUCAGUGUCCUCAGUUCACUCAGAAGGAGAUUGUAACAGAAGAACACCACUGACCAACCGAGUCUGGGAGGAUAGACCCUCCUCCACAGGUUCAACGCCAACUCCCUUCCCGUGCAACCCGUUGAUUAUGCGUUUCCCCAGCGGGACGGUUUCAGUUCCCUCCCCUUCGUCCGGGCAGCCAGUCGGCCACGUGCCCGGUCAGGGACAGGGCCGCACCUGGGAGGAGGAGCCCAAGCCGCUACUCAUGUCUCAGUACGAGUCCCUGUCUGACAGCGAGUGAGCCACAAUGCCACCAUACACGCAAGUGCACGUCAGCGAAACAUCCCGCACCAUUCCACUCUGCAUUUCCUUCUUCGGUCCACAUGCUCACUCCAGGAAGAUCUGAACAACUCCUCCCUUUUUUCACACCGUGUUGGCAUCUCCUCACUGGCCUUAUCAAUUUGGGCGCAUCAACCUUCAUCGCACUCAAGUGCUUACGCUUUCUUUGAUGGAUGGGAUUCUUGACGACUUCGGUUGGUUCCCAAGUGUGGUGGCUCCUGCGCCUGCCUUAAGCGCAGCAGUCCAUCUACCAAGAGACUCAUCUUACAUUUAUUUACGGUGUCUACACUGCUGCAAAUGCACAAGUGCAUGCAAGUGAUGGGACAAAACAUUAUUUUUUUUCUUGUUUCUUCUUUUAAGUCACUCAAUGCAGCCUUCUGGUUGGAAAGCGAUCGCAAACGCAAAGUAUGUUUUAAUGGUGAACGUUCUAUGGUUGUACUGUAUGUGUGGUCCUUGAUCUGCAGUGACAAAUGCUUUUAGGGUGGGGAGGGAUUUGAGCACAGGAGGGUCAUAUCAUUGGUUUACAGGGUAAACAUGCUGUCUGUUGCUGAUGUCAUCAUGCAUUGGCGAGGGUCCAGAGGAAGAGCUGAGGCCUGCUGCUGUCAGGUGUCCCGUGAGACAAUUAGCCACAUGAUGGCACUCAGACAAUGGACACUUUCUCGCUGUUUUUAUAUUAACCGCAUCUGUGUUGAUUGAACUGUAUUUUUGGGAUAUUAAGCACUUAGUUGUCGGCCUGUCCAGAAGGGCAUAGUGGAGAAUCCGGUGACAAAAUGGACCUGAGAAUAGCAUGGCAGCCCGUGGUGGAAGGUCUCCCCGUCCUGUCGAACUCACCACCAGUCAUUUCAAAUAACACAAGCGACAAUCAUGUGAGUGAAGGAGAAGUCGAGCUGGUCCUUCACACUGACAAGGCGUACCUCAGUCCUUUGCAUCGUCUUCAGCUGACCUGCCAGAAUCUCAUCUUGGAGCUUUUGUGACAGUCUGACCAUUAACCUUGUACUGCAUAGAGGGAAGACCCUUAGCUUCUCGUCUUUUGUACAUUAUAAUAUAUUCUUAGUGGUAAGUGCCAUUUAUUUUACACGCACAGUACUGAAGUUACCAAGUGACGCACAAUUGUGUUUUUUUGUUUGUUUUUGCCCCUUCCCUUGCCAGGGGUCCUAUUGUCCAUGCUGGGAAUUGUACGAACGAGAAGCAAAUGAAAUGUCUUUGUCUGCGCAUCUGUCAGUCACACACGAGACCCGCCGAGCUUUGAAACCACACACAGAAGCAAUCAGUCCUGCAUUCAAUGUUUUUUCCCUGGCGGCAACUUGUGACAGUCUACUUCACUGCGCCUGCAUUUGGUCGGGUUCAUGAGAAAUACUGAAAUGGGAAAGGAUUUAAAAACAAACAAACAAACAAAAGUGUCAAGUUGAUCCACUCUGUGUCAAGUGUCCAAUGUUGGAUGCCAUCAUCUGCGAGUCCGGAGUUUCCUCCAUCUUGUAGUUUAUUUGAGCACAGCGACGUCCACGUGUUGACUGUUCUAGGACUACCUCCUCUCCCUCCUCCAUCCUGCCUGUGGAUGCUGAAGCAUGUCACGUCUGCACAAUGCUCAUCUCAGCCAUCUCCUAGGUGGAAUUGGAGUGUUUUGUCCCCAGGUGAAGACAAGUGGACUUUAUGUAAUAUCGCCAGAUGUUGUACAGUAUAUCUCCCUCCGCGUUUUUGUCAUGAAUCCAUCGAUGAAGUUUAAGAAUGUGACCAUAAACAGACAAAGCCAUAUCUAGCUGUUGCUUUAACAGAUGACAGACUAAUCCAUUGAUUUGAAAGCAUAUACAGUACUAAAUUGAAUUUUAACAUGCGUCAUUUUGCCUUUGCUCACACAAUUUUGUCCACCCACCGUUUCCUUACAUCUCAAAAUACCUGAUGUGGUCCCUGGAGGGAGCGAGGGAGGGCCGGGGGCUAUGGGGAAAUUCUAACAUUGUUCAAACAUUUUGUUUGUAACGUUUUUUAUGUAAUUAUAUCCCACUGUAUAAUAGCAAGGAUUGUAUAUAAAACUAAAUAGAUGUAAAUAUUUAUGUGGCUUGCUUCUAGGUUAUUACAAAAAGAAAACAACAAAAAACACAUGGAUAAAUUCUACAUGCCCACCAGCAAGCUUUGUGGAUAGCAGUGUACAAAUGGAAAACAAAUAAGACACUGCCUUAAUGUUUAAAUAAAAAGCUUAUUGCCA